AUGGCAAAUUCAGGAGAUGAUCAGGAGUUACAGAACAAAACAACGGUAAGAUUGAUGGCUUUAUCUCUCAGUGAAAAAGCUUUUGUUGUCGUUUCCGCGAUUGUACUUGGCAUGACCGCGGAGAACACAUAUUCGAUUCGGCCAUGGCCAUUCGGUCAAAGCUAAGACUUUUUCAUGUUAUCCUUUCUUCAGGAGUCACCAGGUAGAAGAAAGGGAAGAGGACUAAAAAGAAAUAUAACGAAAUCGGCCACACAGGUAUUGUAGGUGUUCUCUACUUUUGUGGAAUCGCGAUGUUUUUGCUGCGACCGAGGCGCGGCUCUGCUUUCAUGUAGCACGCAACAAAAUCGCGCCUUCGAAAGUGUCGAAAGUCAACAAUGCUUUGGACAGUUGAAAGUUAAAAGCAGCCCAUUAAAUUAAUUCUUGUAAUCAAAACACAAUAAAAUAAUUCUGGGAGAUAUUGUAAUACGCCUGUGGAAGGCGUAGUGCCGCCAUAUUGUCAAAUAAAAUGUUCCGUUAAAAUUUUUCAUUUCUUCCCCUAUAAGGCCAGCUGGAGCGGGGCCCACUAAUGUUACAACUAAUGAAGUUGCAGCCCAAGAGAUGCCCCCCACAGACAGCAACAAGGGGGGAAUGACUGUUCCUGCGAUACAUUAGGGGUCCACACCAUGGCUGCCUUAUAUCAUCAUAAAUCCUAGUUCACACUCUCUACUGUCCUUUUGGAAAAGCAUGCUUACAAGUUAGCCUUGUGAUUUCCUUUAGAUAGUUUUCACUGUCACGCAACAAAAAAUUAAAUUGGAAACCGUCCAGUGGAAGAAACCAAGAAAAUGAAAUGUUAUAAAAGACGAAUAUAUAAACAAUUUGUCCAAGUCUCAGGUCUUUGUGGCCCAUAGUUUCUGAGUUAUUUGGCGAAACGUUUCACUCACUUUUGUAGAGCUUUGUAUGAAGACGCCAUAUUGGUGCACCGUUUUGGUGCACCAAUAUGGCCGCCGGAAAUCAACAAAAACAUCUGGAGUUUACUUUUUCUAUAAAAGCUCUUUCUUUUCACUUGCGAACUAGCGUACGUUCGCGUAAACAUAUCUUCUAACACUUGAAGUGGUUAUAUUGCUGAAAAUCAAGAGGAGAGACUUUUUUUCAACGAGACAGCAUUCCUAUUUCAUUGUCGCGCACUGUGAAAACUCGGAAGUUCAAAUUGCUGUAUUUUCGAAAUGAAACAUGCUAAGGAAAUGGAAACUGGUGCAAAGAUUUACUUUUUGUUUAUCUUCAACCUAGUGUAAAUAAGAAUUCGUAAAACCUCGCUAUUUUGACUUUACAAUUUGAUGACGUCACAGUGAAAACCAUCUAUAAAUAAACAAAUAAAUAAAUAAAUUGCUUUUUUACCCACGAAGCACUUAAGAGUUCAUUUGAACUCGUUUAAACGUGUCCGUGUGUUCCAGAUCGAAUUGGAAUUUGGAAGUGUCGGUUUUUGAGGAGAGGGGAAAACUGGAGUACCCGGAGAAAAACCUCUUGGAACAAGGGAGAGAACCAUCAACAAACUCAACCCACAUAUGGCGUUGACACCGGGAUUUGAACCUGGGCCACAUUGGUGGAAGGCGAGUGCUCUCACCACUGCGCCACCCUUUGCCCUAUGUAUAUGAAUGCAUUGCAUUUCUUCUACAACUAACAUAGCUUUUUUCCUUCUUAAUGCACUUGUAGCCUAAGAAUGCAAAGAAGGCAAAACCAUUGGUAAGUUUGAUUUUGUUUUAAUGUUAAGUUGUUAAUUAGUUAUUAGCACUCCCCCAAAAUAUCUCUACAGUCGCAUGCUUUUAAAACCACACUGCUCCUUGGAUCUGUUUCUUAAAAUAUCUGGAAGUUACCCUGCAGGUAAUGCUCUUUGUUUACUUUCAAGGUUAAGGUUUCAAACAUUUUAAUCCAAACAAAAUGAAGUGGCUUCUUAGCUAGGUCUUGCACUUUUAUCCUUAAGUUUUAAUUUUAAUAUCUGGCUUCAUGCCCAAAAAAAGCGUAUGGGACUUUUCAGAAAUGGGUCCGUGGUCUAGAAUGGGGUGUUUUUACUCAAUAAUUUGCUUGUAACAGGAAAGAAUAGUUUGAAUGGCAAUAAAAACUUUCCAAUGUUAAUUUUAUUAGCAACAAAAUAAAUAACUAGUCCCAAGAAUGGGCAUUGAAAACUGGCUAUUUCUGUUGCGAAAUCUUGGUAGAAUGAGGCCAAACUUUACAGGUCAGCCAAUUAAUUUUCAAUAUAAUACUUAAAAAAGGUGGAUAAAACAGUAGACCAGCUGGAAUAGGGGCCCAACUUCAGUUGGUGAAUCAGGUUUUUAUUGCAUUUAAUACAGUGGAAGCUCUCGUAAGCGGAGACCAUCAGGACACAAAAAAGGUGUCCCUUCGUAACUGCGGGGCUGUGCGCUUAUGGGUAUGUAAAAAUACAGAGUUUGUGUGGGAGUUGAGAAAAACGGCGUUUUGUGAAGGUGGACGUAAGUAGAGCUUUUCGCUUAGGAGUGUCUGUUAGGAGAGCUUCCACUGUAUUUAACAAUAAUGAUUAGAUGACUCAUUUUGUUUUUGUUUUUUGUUUUUUAUUGUACACUUCAAUUUAAAUAUUAAUAUGAUUUCAAUAUGUGCAGAGCACUACGAGUAAUGAACUUUCAGCCCAGCAGAUGCCCCUGCAGACAGCAUCUCAUCAACCAUUGCAAGCAUUAAUACAGCCUACCUUACCAGUUCUGCAGUAUCCCCAUUCAGUGCUACAACCUCCCCAGACUGGGUUGCAGCCCUCUCAAGCAGUACCCCAAUCUCAGCCUGUUCAAGUUGUUGCCCAUCCUGGUGAUGGCAGCACUCCAAUCCCAACAUUUGUCCAAUAUACCAUGCCUCCAAAUAUCUUUACUUCACCAGUGAUGAACUCUACAAAUCAGCCUCUUGUUCAAUCAGCUGUUCCAACAUCUUUGUCCGUGCUCAAUGCCCUUAAUGACGACAAACUAGGGAUUAUCUUACCUGUAUUGGUCAGGAUGGAACACAAAAUUGAUCAGCUUAUGGCAAUGAUGGGGGCCAACAAUCAGGCAACUGGAAAUAACUUAAGUGCUGCCGUGUCAUCUGGAGUACAGAAUAAUGUAAGUGGACAGCUGAAUAAUGCAUCAAGUACAUCUCAGUCUAAUGCUGCUAAAACCCAGACAAGCAGUUCAUCUACAGGAGCUAAUAUCCAAGCAAAUGCAAGGGCAACAGUGGCAAGGCUGUUUGAUACCCAAGUGGAAGGUGAGGAAGAAUCUGAACAGAUGGCCACUGAUAAAGGAGUAAAUGAAUCAGUAGCAAUUCGUGGAAUGACUUCGCGACAGCGCAUCCAACUUGAAAUGGCCAAGAUAACAGAAAAGACCUUGCCUGAAGAUUUAAACUUUCCUUUAUCACGUGAUGACCUUAUUGCUUUGCAAGCAAAAUCUACAUCGACAAUGAAUUUUGCUGUGCGACUGUUACGCGAAAUGUUCACACGAGAAGAACUUCUGGGCAGAAAUCUUUCAGGUGUGCGUGGGAAAGAGAGAGUUGAUCCUGCCAGAGUAGAAAUCAUCAAGGAAAUUGUGUUUAAAAUUUAUCGGACAUCACCAUCAGAUAGGGAACUAUUGUGGAGAUACUGCCGUAAAGCAAUGGAUUCCUUUUUGAGAAAAAUGCAACGGCCAGUUGAAGUUGUAAAGGAUCAGUACGAUUCUCCUUCCUUUUUAGCAACAGAUAAAACCUUGAGUGGGCCAUCUAAUGUAACUCCUGAACCUGAGGAAAAUGAAGAGACAUCACCCUGA